AGCACAUACGGUACAGGUAUUUGCCUCUCUCUCUCUCUCUCUCCAAUUAUUUUCCCUUUCACCAAAACAUUAACUCCUAAACGAGAAAACCAGUGUGUCUUUCUCUUUUUGAGGUCUGCUUAACUACAUAUAUAGCUCAUAUAUAGCUCCCCUAUUCUGCUAUACUAAUUCCCAACACUUCCCACAACUCCCCAAAAAACACAUUUUUAAAACAAAAAACAAAAAACCCAACUCUUUUAAAAUGGUCCUUGCUUCUCCUACAGCAAAAACCAAGCUCCUUCUGUCUGUUUCUUGCUCUCAAACUGACCCCUCAAAUGCUCCAUUUUUUAGCUAUACAACUUCUUGUUAAAAGAGUGAACUUUAGUUUUUGUUAGAUGGAUUUUGGGGUGGUGGGGAGUUUAGAUAAUGGUGGGGUGAUUUGUUCAGACAAUACAAGUAGUAAUAUGUUUACUACAGCUGUUGAGACCAAGCAAAAGUGGUACGGAUCUACUGGAUUUCACAAGAAUGAAAGAUCUUCCACUACUAAUACUGCUACUGAAGAUGACUGGAAUAAUAAGGACACUAAAUUAGCUAAGACUAGUGAUGGUUUCUCUUCCUCUAAAGCAGCAGCAGCAGCAGCAGCAGCUACAAUGCUGUUUCAGCAACAACUUAGAAGUAAUUGUACUAACAGCCAGCAAAUGCUUAGCUUUUCUUCACCCAACUCUCAGAAUGUGACAAUGCCUUUUUAUCAUUACACUUCAACUCCUUUUACUAGGAACUCUUCAGGCUGUGGCAGUGGAGCUAUGAAUGCUGGAAACAUGCAUGGGGUAAUAGCAGCAGGGGUAAAAGGGCCAUUUACUCCAUCACAGUGGAUGGAGUUGGAACACCAGGCUUUGAUCUACAAGUAUAUCACUGCAAAUGUUCCAAUACCUCCUUAUCUCCUCAACCCCAUUAGAAAAGCCCUUGAAUCUGCUGGCUUCACAACUUUUGCAGGCCUUAGACCCAAUGUUUUGGGAUGGGGUGCAUUCCAUCUAGGAUUCUCCAACAGUAACGAUCCAGAGCCAGGAAGGUGUAGGAGAACAGAUGGGAAGAAAUGGCGGUGCUCAAGAGAUGCAGUUGCCGAUCAAAAGUAUUGUGAGCGGCACAUGAACAGAGGCCGCCAUCGUUCAAGAAAGCCUGUGGAAGGACAAACUGGUGCUACUUCCGCCAAGCUGAUGAAUGUUUCUUCUUCAGCAUCAGCAUCAGCAUCAGCAGCAUUGGCUCCCGGAGGCGCUGCAUCCAACACUCUAGCUCUCUCACAUCCCCAACUCAGCAAUUUGCCGCCUGCUGUUACUAAUCCCUCCACUACUUCCCCUUAUCUUGAGAGGAAUUAUACGCCCAAGGAAAAUUUUGGUGAAAGGUAUUCAGAUACAAAAGGCCUUACAGUUGUUUCUUCAAGUGAGAAACAGAGCCAAUAUUCAAUUCAGAAAGAGCAGAAUCCUUAUGGAGUAACUUCUAGGCCUGAAUUUGGAUUAGUUUGUGCUGACUCUUUGAUCAAUCCACUAAAUAAGAACUCUUCGCUAGUGAAUUGCCGUGGCUAUGGAAAUUCAGAAGAUAUCAGAGAUCAAGAAAGCAAAUCACAGCAUCAUCCACUUCGACAGUUCAUGGACGAUUGGCCCAAAAACCAGUCUGAUCAAUCCACAGUUUCUUGGCCAGACAUUGAUUUGCAGUCAGAUAGGACUCAGCUCUCCAUUUCCAUCCCUGUGAUCACUUCAGACUUCAUGUCUUCCACUUCAUCUCCUGCGAACGACAAACUCACAACCUCACCACAGUACAGGAUGUCACAGGAGCACGAGACAACAACUCAAAUGGGAUUAGGCAUUGGCACCAUCAUCAGUGAGCAUAACCAAAGACAAGGAAAUUGGAUUCCUAUAACUUGGGAAACUUCCAUGGGUGGUCCCCUCGGUGAGGUCUUGCAUAGCACUAAUAACAGCUCGGGUGAUUGCAAGAGCAAAACAGCAGCUCUUAAUCUCAUGACCGAGGGGUGGGAUAGAAGCCCCCGGAUGGGAUCAUCACCAACCGGGGUCUUACAGAAGUCCUCGUUCGGUUCCCUUUCUAACAGCAGCGCAGGUAGCAGUCCGAGAGCAGAAAACAGUAAGACUAACGAAGGUUCCAGUCUUUGCAAUGGCCUUCUUGGAACAACUCUUAUGAAUCCAACACUGCCUGCCAUGUAAUAUGUAAACUAGGAUAUGCUAUUUUUAAUUCCAGAAGUGAGCUAUUUCCCUUUUUUCUCCUAAUGCUCCUUUGCCAAUCAAUCUUGUACUGAAGAUAUCAAAAUGACCAAGUAUCCCGGUUAAGAUUUGUUCCUUUA